AAUCUCUUCCUCUUCUUCUUCUCUUCCAUUAAUACAUAGCAACAAAAAAUUUGAACUCAGAUUGGGAAGAGCUCAUGGCAACAACCAUCCAUGGCGAAGAACACGAUAAACAAGACGAAGACGAAGACGAUGACGAAGAAGAAGCAUUAUCUUUAUGCGACCUUCCAGUCAAAGAAAAGCAGCAGCCUUUGCUUCUAAAUGAAAACCCCAUCACGGAGGAUUUCGAUUUCAAUUUCAACCACUGGCCACCGCCGCCGUCGCCGCCGCCCAUGUGCGCUGCCGACGACAUCUUCUUUCAAGGCCAUUUGCUCCCUCUUCGCCUCUCUGUUAGCUCUGAUAAUACUCACAAUCAAUUCUUUUCUAAACCUCUGUCCGCCAGGUCGGAGUCUAUGGAUCAUAAUAUGUUGAGAUUUAGAAAUGGAAGCAGUAGCAGUAGCAACAGCAGUAGAAGUCAUUAUUCCAGGUGUUCAAGUAUUAGUAACAAUUCCAUUUCAAUUCCGACGAACUCAAAGCCAAGAACUCAAAACAACGUCUUCCACUCUCACCCAAGUCCCACGCCCCAAAUCAGAUCCUUUUCGACUUUCGGCCGUCGGAGCCGGAGCCGGAGCUCCUCCCGCUGGGACUUUUUCCGGGUGGGUGUUCUCCGAACGCCAGGAAUGGAACUUCACGACCUCAAAACUCGCACGACCAACGCCGGCGCUUUCGAGGCGGCACCCACGGUGGGGCAGAAAACAACCGCCUCGUUUUUGGGUGUGGUGAGCUGCAAAAAAUCAGUGGAGACAAUACCGGCGGCGAAGAAGAUAAGGAAUUGGAGUGGGAAUAUUGUGAAGAAAAGGAAUGAAAAGGGAAAGGGAAUUGGGAUUGGGAUUAGGGAGAAGGAAUUGAAUGAUAAUGUUGAAAUUAGGGAAAAGGAAAAGGAAAAGGCAACGAGGCUGUCACAUCGUCGAACAUUUGAAUGGCUAAAGCAGCUCUCGCAUGCAACAACCUUUGCUGACCAACAAUCAUCUUGACCCCAUUUUCUUUUUUUUUUUUUUUACUUCUUCCCCACCACCAUGCUUGUACCACUUUAAUUAUUCCUUCCCACUCACCUUUUCAAAUUCACUUUCUCGUCUAAACA